AUGCUAUUAAUUACACUUAUAUCAAUAUUUUUAGCAGGGGCGAGUGCUAAAGAUGCUGAAAACACCUGCGUUUCUUUAGCCACCUCGAAAACUUGCUCAGCAUUUUCUCAGUUCUACGUUGGAUUGCCGGGACUUGCGUACGAUUACCCCUUCUUGAUCAAUACAACCACUAUUGAAGAGUUUGAUGAACGAUUGCUCGAAUAUGUCAAUUCAACAAGUGAUUACUUGUUUCCAUUAGGAUGUCUCAGUUCUAACUAUAACCCAACUAUUCCGUAUGCUCGGUAUUCCCUGACGAGACUAUGCGUUGGCAUGAUACAAGAUCCAAGCUACUCGUUGCCAUGCAAUUUCGAUAAUGGACUGAUACCGCCCCCUCUGUGUCAAUCCACCUGCUAUGAAUGGGUCGACAGCAUCACUCGCAUCACUCAGAACCCUCGUGUGUGUUCAGAUUCAAUACAGAGAAAUGCAUCACUGGCCUCGUUCACUGAUCAGUGCAAUACAUGGGAGGGUUAUAACGGGACCAUUGCCGAAAAUUGCAUAUCUGGUAUAGCAAAUGAACCUUAUUCGUGUGGGUUUGGUAAUAACACUAGUGUAGCCUGCGCUUAUUGUCAAACGCACACCAAUGACGAGUGCUGUCAACAAGUAACGUACUGCAGCUCGUCUCUGUCUGCUGGCGCCAUCGUCGGCAUUGUUAUUGGUAGUCUGGUGGGUGCAGCAUUGAUCGUAUUUGGAGCCAUUUGGUACUACUGCAGAAAGAGACACCAUAAGCACGUCAAUCCCUUCACGCACUUUUUACCAUCCACAAGCACGUCAGCGACACUCACAGCCCAGCAGCAGCAGCAGCAGCAGCAGCAGCAGCAGCCUCCACCGCCACCGCCACCCUUAUCACAGCACCAACAACGAUUCACAACAACAGCAGCAUCCACACUCACGGGCACACUCAAUGGCGGUGUGAUGGUCAAUACAUCUACAUUGAACAAGAUCGACUCGCCCUUCAUGAAUGAUAAAAUGGAGAUCACGAAUGAAUACACAUUUACCAAUAUACCUGCUCCAUUGAGGCCAAGCCUUGAAAACAACAACACACACCUUAAUGAAGAGUUCUUUGUGGUGGUCCAUGCCUAUCCGCCACAAUUGCCUGACGAAUUGGAACUCAAUGCUGGUGAUAUCGUCUGUUUAGCGUUGUACUUUGAUGAUGGUUGGGCAUUGGGCUACAACGUGACAACAGGCAAAAAAGGUGCCUUUCCGUUGGUCUGUAUAUCCCCUGCGCCUCAAGAAAGCCUAGACCAGCUACUACAAAUGGACUCAUCACUGCCGACUACCAUGAUGGAUGCUAGUCAGACCAACACCACCAAUUUGCAAAUGACCAUGGAAAAGAUCAGGGAGAACGUACGCCGAUCACUCAGCCUGAAUUCAUACAACAACUAUAGCAUUCAUUCAUCCAACUCAUGCAACAACGACAUGCAUCACAGCAACACCAUUCCCAAAAGAUCUGCUAGUUACAAAUCUUAUGAUUAUUUCGAAAUAGAUAGCCCCUCUUCUCCCACUUUACAUACUCCUUUUUUCGAUGCCAAUGCCACACCUCCUCUUACUACACGUCCUGAACAAACCAAUAAUACGCUCAAUGCCAGCUCACAGAGGCAGCCAGCGCCGUAA